AUGUUUGGCGUGUCGAACUGGCUCAUCGCGGCCACAGUGGCUCUGGCCACGGCCGUCUACUGGAUCUUCAAGGCUUGCUACAUGCGCCUUAGGUUCCGAGGUCUCCCUCAACCACCGAAGCACUCAUGGAUCUGGGCGCACACACCCAUCUGGGAGGAGGUAGCUGGAAAGCUGCCUCUGUUCACACAUCCUCAACAUGUCUACACCUACAUGGCGCAAAAAUACAACCUGGGCGGCAUCUUCUACAUCGACAUGUGGCCCUUCUUCGACUCGCAAGUCGUCAUCACCGAUCCCGAUGCCGCGCAGCUCGUCCUGACGACCACUCCGUACCCCAAGCACCCGUCAAUUGAGAAGUUCCUUCGCCCCUUCACCGGCGUCGACAGUAUUGCCGCCUCCAACGGCGAGAGGUGGAAGUACAACCACCGCAUGGUCGGCUCCGGCUUUACCCCGACCUACGUGAAGCCGAUGGCCGGCAUGAUCGCCGAGCAGGUCCUGAUCUUCCACGAGCGCCUUCGCGCAUUCGCCGAGAAGGACGAGUCUUUCAACAUGGAAGAGGAAGCGGCUAAGACCAUUUUCGACGUCAUUGGAAAGGUUGUUUUCGGGUUCUCUCUGGAGGCGCAACGUACCGGAUCUCCACUUCUGGAGGAUCUGAGAGCAUCCAUCAACCCCGCGACAACCUUUAUCAGCACAAAGAACCCAUGGAAGAAGCGCAAGGCCGAACAGGGCCUGCAAAAGCUCAAGGACCGCGUCAGGAAGGUUCUUGCCGAUGAGAUGCACGAGCGUCUCAGAAUUUUGCAAGAUGAGAAGGAAUUGCCCAGCAGACGACAGGUCAAGUCCGUCCUGGACCGCAUCGUGCUCGACAGAAUUCAGAGCGGCCCCGGUGCUACUCUUGACGACCCCUUCAUUGAUACCGCUGUUACCAACCUCAAGGCCUUGCUCCUCGGCGGUCACGGCACCACAACCGACACUUUCACCUGGGUUACCAUGUUCCUCUCCAUCUACCCUGACGUCGUCGAGCGCCUUCGCAAUGAGCACAACGAGCACUUCGAUCCCGAUUUGGACAAGACCGUCGAGAUGCUCGUCGCCAACCCGACCAAGACCAACGAUAUGGAGUUCACGAACGCUGUCAUCAAGGAAACCCUCCGUUUCUUCCCUAUUGGCUUCACUAUUCGCCAAGCACCCAAGGGCGUCACCCACCUUGACUGGAACGGCCGCCGCUGGCCCGUCAAGAAUUUCAUGGUCAUCCCCUGCGCUCACUCUACCCACAUGGACCCCAAGGUGUGGGGCGAGGACUCCAAGAGCUUCAACCCCGACCGAUUCCUCGGCGAGGACGCGAAGGACAUGCAUCGCUUUGCAUGGAGGCCUUUCGAACGUGGCCCGCGUGCGUGUAUCGCACAGGAUCUGGCGAUGGACGAACUGCGCAUUAUGCUUCUUUUGACUGUCCGUUGGUUCGACUUUGAAACUCUCGUGAACGGCACUUCCGAGAGAGUUAUGUAUAUGGAUCUAGAUAAAAAGGUUGGUGACUUGGCCUUCCAAAUGGUUGGCAUGGAGGCCAGGCCAAGGCAUGACAUGAAGAUGAAGGUCAAGCUGAGGGAGUAA